AUGGACACAGCUCAUCCUCGGGCAAGCUGGGAGCGGCUUGGUGACAAAUGGUACCGGCGCAUAGAGCAUUACACCGAGGUGUUUGACUUGGGUCUUGACCUGGAUAAUUACAUCAUCGCUGGUGCCCCUAUGGCGGUGCUAUUGGUAUCACUCUGGAAUGACGAUAGCAAACUCCAGCAAUACCAAGCGGCGAAAGCUGCCAAGCCGAGCAUAGAUGUUCACAAUUACGCUGGCAAGAAGCUUCGCAGUAUCCCGUGGACCGAGGGCACCAUCAAAGGACUUGGUUGGUCUGAGGAGGAGCAGCUCCUCGUGGUUUUGGCGGAUGGGACCGUUCGUUGUUAUGACCUUCAAGGCGAUUUCACUCAGUUUUCCCUCGGCCAUGGUGCCGACAACUACGGGGUCCAUUCAUGCAGGUUCUACGAUCGCGGCAUGGUAGCAAUGCUCAAUAAUAACACUUUAGUGACGGUGCAGUCGUAUAAUGAGCCACGGCCGAAUAUAGGUCAGACCGUAUAUCUAGUCGACUCCAACGAAUGUGAAGAUCGCCUCAUCGACAUCGGCCCCUUUAGCCAUAUCACCGCCUCCCCGAUGGUCGGCUCGUCGCUCUCUAUACCAAACGCUGUCAUUGCGUGGGAAGACGAGGUUCACAUCAUCGGCCAGGGCGAUGCCUCCGCCGUGUUCAUUUAUGAUACAAAUCGCGUGCACGUAAUAUCAGAACAUGACGGGGCAAGAAUAAUCACCAACGGAUUUUGCGAAUUCAUUCAGCAAGUACCGAGGGAUACAUUCCAAGUUUUUGGUCUCUUUUCCGAGUCUUCUCCCGCUUCCAUCCUACUGGACGCUAUUGCUCAGUUAGAGGCGCACUCCCCCAAGGCCGAUGACUACAUCCAGCUGAUUCGCGGUAACCUCACCGAAGCGGUUGACACCUGUAUUAAUGCAGCAGGUCGGGAGUUCAACGUGCAUUGGGAGAAGCAACUAUUGAAGGCAGCGUCGUUUGGCAAAUCGGUGCUGGACUUGUACAACAGCGAUGAUUUUGUCGACAUGUGCGAGACCCUUCGAGUCCUAAACGCGGUGCGGUAUUUCGAAAUUGGAAUGCCGCUGUCGUACGAGCAAUACCAGCGAUUGACUCCCGAGAACCUGAUUAAACGCUUGAUCAACCGCCACGAGUAUCUGCUUGCUCUACGCGUUGCAGGUCACCUGAGGCUACCCACAGAUCGUAUUUACGUACACUGGGCUUCUACCAAGGUGCGAGUAGGCUCCGAAGACGACGAUACCAUUUGCCGGUUAGUAGUCGAGAAACUAGCAGGCAGGGCUGGUGUUUCGUUUGAAGAGAUUGCUCAGGCGGCGUAUGAUGAAGGCCGCGGCAGAUUGGCCACCGAGCUUCUAAAUCACGAACCCAGAGCUGGUCGGCAGGUCCCGCUUCUCCUAAGCAUGGAAGAGGACGAGCUUGCCCUUGACAAGGCGAUAGAGAGCGGCGACUCAGACCUCAUCCUCAACGUGCUCUUGCAGCUCAAGAAAAAGCUGCCCUUGGCGUCUUUUUCAGGAGAAGGUGAUAACUCGGUUUUGAAGGAUCUCUACUACCAAGACGAUAGGCGUGUGGAGGGCGCGGACGUGUUCAUCCGCGAGUCGCUCGUGCAACCAGACGCGCGGACAGCGUCGGACAAACUCGCGCUGGCGGCCAAGCUACUCUCGGAUUCGCGGGAAACCAACUUUGAGCUACGGGCGCUCAAGGAGGCGACAAUGCUCCUCCGGGCUCAGGAAUCGUUUGACCGAGAUUUGACGGACACGUUUACGGGGCUCAGCGUCAAUGAGACCAUGUUCAAGCUCAUCAAGCUCGGCUACAUCGGAAAGGCCAAGAAGAUACAGAGCGAAUUUAAAGUUCCGGAUCGUGUGGCGUGGUGGAUACGGCUACGAGCACUUGUUGCAAAGCGAGAUUGGGACGAGAUUGCCGAGGUGGCUAAGGCGAAGAAGAGUCCGAUUGGAUGGGAGCCGUUUUUCAACCUCACCUUGCAAGCGGGGAAUCCUAGGCUCGCAGCGACGUUUGUGCCAAAGUGUACCAACGUGGAGCACGGAGAAACGAUUACGAUGUACGAGAAGUGUGGCAUGAAGGUGAAGGCGGCGGAAGAGGCCGUGAGACUCAAGAAUAAGGAGGCGUUCACAAAGAUCCUUGAGGCGGCCGGCCGCAACACCCACGAGGGGCGGGAGAUUGAGAGGCUCGGUGCCACGGUUUUCAAACCUUAA